CUGUGCCUUACUCCGCGUGCUACACUUACGCUGCGUACACGCAUCUAUUUGUCAUUAUCAUCUGUGCUGGCUAGAGGCUUCGAUAAACACCGAUCAUUAUUACUGUCACCAAAUACCGCCCCUUUACGUGUCCUAUUUGGUUCGAGUGCUUAGUGCGUGAGGUUGGUUUACGAAACUUUUCUGUACCACAAUCCGGAUAGUAAAAUGAAGCUAUUUCUGGUUGCAAUACUAAUCGGGUGUUUAGCGUCGGCACAUGCAAAAUUUUGCUGUUCAAACGAUGCGAUCAUCAGGUCGAGGGGGUUCUGUGGCGACUCCUCGGAGAAGAUCAAUCUUCACUGCACCGCUGGUUACAUGGUGCUCAAGGAUGUGGUGCUGAAUGGCAACAAGGUUUCCACGCUUGACUCACCAGGAUAUAUUUUCGUUGAAAACCCCGAAUCUUACUGCCUCGGUAAAAUGUACCGCAAUACGAGUGACCCGAGCUCUGGCACCACCAUGUCCGCGAUCGUCUGUUUCGACGAGGUGAAGAAGGGAGACGACAACAUCGAGACUGGCGGUGUCCUCACUCUGGUCUCUGUUAUAUUUCUUCUGGCUACGUUUGCCGUCUACAUGUACCUUCCACAGCUAAGAGACCUACAAGGGGUAUGUUACAUGUGUAUGUGUUUGAGCAUGGCGCUGGGUUUCCUAUCACUUGGCGUACUCCAACUAAGUCCAGGAUUCAGAAACGAAGUGUGCACACUCACAGGAUUCUUCGUGUACUUCUGGAUGAUUGCGACAUUCUUUUGGAUGAACGUGAUAUGCAUCAAUAUGUACCGCACAGUGCAAGACGCAAGUUAUCUAAAGAAAACUGAGAAGAGACAGUACGUGCUGUACAACAGCUACGCCUGGGGCUGUACCUUGUUGUUCCUGAGUGUUGUGCUCAUAACAAACUUUGUGGAAGGGAACCACUACAAGCCCGGUAUCGGUGAAGGCAGCUGCUGGUUCAGUGGGCGCACCGAAACUUGGAUAUAUUUCUACGGCCCAAUCGCUAUCCUCAUCACGACGAAUGUGUUUCUCUUCAUAAUGUCGUCAAUCCAUUUGUGGACUCAGAACAGGAAGUAUGAAGUCAACAAGCUGAACAACCUUAAACGCAAGUUCCUCACCUCUCUAAAACUGUUUCUUGUUAUGGGUAUCUCAUGGAUUUUCGAAAUUGCCAGCUUUGCUCACGGGGAAUCCCACAUCAUUUGGAGAAUUAUGGACAUAUUCAACUGCCUCCAAGGGGUUGUAAUAUUUUUGAUCCUGGUAGUGUUGAGACGUCGGGCCAUGAAAGGAUUGGCUGGUGAACGCUGUUGUCUCCUUUUCACCCGGCCCCUCGCUGACAAACUGAGCCCAGAUGAUGAUGCUGAUGAACAGCAAAUACUAUCUGAUGAUACAGUUGAAGUGCGGCUUAACUAGUAGUUAAAAAAAAUGAUAGUCAAGCGCGAGCUGUUUAUUCCUAUUAAAAUUAUACAGGAACUUAAUAUUAAUAAGGGUUACUUUGCCGCAGUGUUCAUAAUAGAAUUAAAUUACUUUAGUGAGAUAGACUAGAGAUUUUAAUGUAUAUUGUGGCCAUUCCAUGCAAUAUUAUAGUAAGCUAGAUUUUAAUUUUUGUUUGUUUGUUGUAUUUAAAGGAAUGAAUUAUUUUCAUAAUAUGAAUUCAUAUGCGUAACUUUUAAUUUUUCGUAGAACAAUUAUUGUAUAGUGUAUAAACUAUAUAAUCAUAAAUACACUUUUACUAAGUAAAAUGUUUACAGUUACACGUUUGAAUUUCCAACUAGAUUGGAACUGUCGCAUGUCUUAGGAACUUUUAGAAUUUGUUAAGCAGGUACUGUAAUUUUAAUUAGGAAUCUCAAUUUUUACAUUUAAUCAAUGGUUAUUCCGAAUUUAUUAUAAUUAUUUAUAGCGCCUUUAUCAAUGUGCCAUAAUUAAGUCUAGCAUUUGCAUAAUCGUAAAUUCUAGAAUGAUAAUAUAUAAUAAUUAUUUUAAUUUGCAAGCAUCCUCCCUACAUUCCAUUAUCUAAUUAAUUUAUAGUUAAACAAUGAAUUAAAAAUUUUGUUGUUGUAAUUUUUAAAAUAAAUAUUUAUAUAAUGUUAAUUGUA